UGCCGCCCGCUGCCUGGCGCGCGCGGGGCGGGAGCGCGCGGCGGGGGGCGGCGGCGGCGCGAGCGGCGGCGCCAUGUUUCAGACCCUCUACAGCUCCUUUUGGUGGGAGCGGCUCUGGCUCCCGGCAAACCUCACCUGGGCCGACCUGGAGGACCGGGAUGGGCGAGUCUACGCCAAAGCCUCCGACCUCUACAUCACCCUGCCCUUGGCCUUCCUCUUCCUCAUCGUCCGGCACCUCUUUGAGACGUACGUGGCCACCCCCCUGGCCGGGCUGCUGAACGUCAAGGAGAAGAUCAGGUUAAAAGCCACCCCCAACCCCGUGCUGGAGAAGUUCUACGCCACCACCACCAAACACCCCAAGCAGGCCGACGUGGAGCUGCUGUCCAGGGCGAGCGGCGUCACGGUGCGACAGGUCGAGCGCUGGUUCCGCCGCCGGCGCAACCAGGACAGGCCGAGUCUGCUCAAGAAGUUCCGAGAGGCCAGUUGGCGAUUCACGUUUUACCUUCUUGCUUUCAUUGCUGGCCUGGCUGUCAUAGUGGAUAAACCCUGGUUCUACGACCUGCGGGAGGUGUGGAAGGGGUACCCCAUCCAGAGCGUGUUGCCCUCCCAGUACUGGUACUACAUGAUUGAACUCUCCUUCUACUGGUCCCUCCUCUUCAGCAUCGCCUCCGACGUCAAGCGCAAGGACUUCAAGGAGCAAAUCAUCCACCACGUGGCCACCAUCAUCCUCAUCAGCUUCUCCUGGUUCGCCAACUACGUCCGGGCAGGGACCCUCAUCAUGGCCCUGCACGACUCCUCCGACUAUCUGCUGGAGUCUGCCAAGAUGUUCAACUACGCUGGCUGGAGAAACACCUGCAACAACAUCUUCAUCGUCUUCGCCGCCGUCUUCAUCGUCACCCGCCUGGUCAUCCUGCCCUUCUGGAUCAUGCACUGCACCGUGGUCUAUCCCCUGGACCUUUACCCUCCUUUCUUUGGCUACUACUUCUUCAACUUCAUGAUGGUGGUGCUGCAGUCGCUGCACAUCUUCUGGGCCUACCUCAUCAUCCGCAUGGCCCAGAAGUUCAUAACUGGAAAGGUGGUGGAGGACGAGCGGAGCGACCGCGAGGAGACCGACAACUCGGAGGAGGAGGAGGAGGCUGCGAAGAACGGCCCCGUGAACGGGCCCCUGUCCAACGGGCACCCCCCUGCCCUCAACAACAACCACCGCAAAACCGACUGAGCGCCGCUCGUGUCCCACCAGCAGCACCGAACCCCCCGGCAGCCAGCGGGACCCCCGGCAGCCCCCAGCCCCCCGCUCGGGGAGAGGCCGCGGCUCGGGGCAGCAGCGGGCGCUGCUUCUCCCCUCCCUCCCUCCCUCCCUCCCUCGUGUCUCCCGCUCACCGUCGGUGCCCUUCCAGCCUCUCACCUCCUGCCUUAACCGGGACGGCUCCUUCCCCUCCCGGGGCCCUGCCGGGAGAUUUGGGCUCCGGCCCCGUGUUCUUCCCCCUUUUCCUGACCAUCCCCUCGCCCGAGGGGAGCGAAUCCUGCAGCAAACACGGGGAGAGGGGGGAAACAACCCCCCAAACCCCUUUCCCUGCCCCGGGCCGGGCUUUGCUGAGGGAGGGAGGGGGUGGAGAAGCUGGUGCAGCCCCGGGGGGAGGAGGAGGAAAGUCCUGAGUGUUUUGGUGGUGACAGGAUGGAAAUUGCUGGUGGUUCAGCCACUGCUUCUGUCUCACAGAGCAGCCUCAGCCUCUGGUUUCUCUUCUGUCAGCGGGUUUGGAGUCUCCCCCUCCCCGGGGCCUCUCCCAGUCCCUUCCCCAGCUGCAACAGGACAAAUUCCCCACUCAUUCCUGCUUUUCUUUCCUGGCUUGUUUUUUGUUUUGUUGUUUCUAUUUAUUUGGAAGACAGAAGGAGCUGGAUGGGGCUUUGCCUCUUGCACCCCAGGAGCAGGAUGGGGCUUUGCCUCCUGCACCCCAGGAGCUGGAUGAGGCUUUGCCUCCUGCAGCCCAGGAGUAGGAUGGGGCUUUGCCUCUUGCACCCCAGGAGUAGGAUGGGGCUUUGCCUCUUGCACCCCAGGAGCUGGAUGGGGCAACUUUGCCUCUUGCACCCCAGGAGCAGGAUGGGGCUUUGCCUCCUGCAGCCCAGGAGCUGGAUGGGGCUUUGCCUCCUGCAGCCCGGUGUGUGGCGAGGGGAGGGGGAAAAGGACCAGGAACCAACGUCAGACCAAAACUGUCUCUGGAUGUUUUUGUUUUGGGUUUGUUUUGUUUUCUUUUUCUUUUUUUUUUAAAAAAAAGAGAAAUGGUUGAAGAGUUAAAAACAACUAAUAAAGUUCAGUUAAAAAACC